AGGAAAAGCAACCAUCCUCUCUGUCUGAAUCUGACUGCAUAGCUGACUAUCUCUUGCUCCACUGCUUUAAAGGAGACACCAUAUAUCAACCAAAGUAAUUCCAAAAAAGUGAAACAGUUUUGGCAUUCACCUCUGCACACAUAAUUGCACAACAACGAAAGAAGAUGGAAGACAGACAAUUCUGCUGUGCUGUCUGUCUGGAUCUACUCAAGGAUCCGGUGACUAUUCCCUGUGGACACAACUACUGUAUGAGCUGUAUUGAAACCUACUGGAAAGCAGAGAACGUAAAAGGAAUCCACAGCUGUCCUCAGUGCAGACAGGCUUUCACACCGAGGCCUAUGCUGGUGAAAAACACCAUGUUAGCAGAGUUAGUAGAGAAAAUGAAAAACCUCCAGCCUAUCCAUGAUUCCCCUGCUUCUGAAAAGCACAAGCUGGUAGAUUUUUCAAAGGUGUUGAAAGCGAACACCUGUUCAGUUCACAAUGAGGUGAUGAAGGUGUUUUGCCGCACUGAUCAAAUGUGUGUCUGUUGUCUCUGCUGGAUAAAUAAACAUAGAGGACAUGAAACAGUUCCAGUUGAAAAAGAAAGGGCAGACAAAGAGAAAGACCUGGAGUUAAUUCUGAAAGAAGUCCAGCGGAGAAUCCAGACCAGAAAGAAGGAAGAAGGAGUACUUGAGAAAGAGAUAGAGGGGAUCAAACUGUCUGCUGAUACAGCAGUGAAGGACAUUGAGAUGACUGUUGAUGAGCUGGUGAGUUUCAUCAAAGAAAACGCCUCAAAUUUAAAGCAGCAGAUCAGAUCCCAGCAGAAAGAUGAAAUGAGUCGAGUCAAAGAGCUUCAGAAGAAGCUGGAGCAGGAGAUCACUGAGCUGAGGAGGAAAGAAGAGGAGCUGAAGCAGCUUUCACGCACAGAGGACCACACCGAAUUUCUUCUCAGUUACUCCACAAUGCCCGUAUUCAUUGACUCUACAGAUUCACCAAGCUUUAAAAUCUGUCAGGUUAAGUACUUUGAGAGUCUUCAAACGGUGAUAUCAGAAGCUAGAGAUAAACUCAAAGCAUUUCUGUGUGAUGAACUGUGGAAGCUCACUCUGACAGUGAGGUCAGUGGAUGUUUUGCUGCCACAAAGUGAUCCUAAGACCAGGGAUGACUUUUUAAAACAUUCAUGUCAACUCACGCUGGAUCCAGAUACAGUUCACAGAAAACUCUUCCUGUCUAAUCAGAACAGAACAGUUACAGACAUGCUUCAAGAUCCAGAUAAUUCCUGUCUUAAGAACAGCGACAGGUUUUCCAUUGAGCAGCAGGUCCUGAGUAAAGAGAGUCUGACUGGACCUUGUUACUGGGAAGUGGAGUGGAAAGGGAAAGGAGUUUCAGUAGCCGUAACAUAUAAGAAUGAGAAUAAACUGGAUCAAACUGCAUUUGGAAGCAAUAAUAAUUCUUGGGCAUUAGAUUGUUACAAGGACAGUUAUAAAUUCAGACACAACAACAUGACAACUCGCCUCUUAGGUCCUUCUUCCUCUAAAAUUGGAGUCUAUCUGAAUCCCAGAGCAGGUAUUCUGUGCUUCUACGACCUCUCUGACACCAUGGCCCUCCUCCACAGAGUCCAGACGACAUUCACUGAGCCGCUCUAUGCUGGACUGUGGAUUUGGGGAGGGUAUUUUAAUUCAACCACUGCUACAUUAAAUGAGAUACAGUAA